CGCCGGGUCACGUGAAGCCGCUCCCCCGCCCAUUGGGGGCGUGGGGUGGGCGUGGCCCGGCGGCGGUCACGUGGCGCCGGUUUUGGCGCCACUUUGGCGUUUGGCGGGAACCGAGCCGGUACCGGGGCGCGCGCGCGCGCACAGCAUGGCGCCGCGGGACUACGGCGAGGAGAAGGAGAAAGCCAAGCGGUUCUUCCAGGAUUUCUACCGGGACGGCGCCGAUGGCACCAAGGAAUUCCCGUACCGGGAGCAGCUGACGGCGUUGGCGCACCGGGAGUGCCGCGCGCUCUUUGUGGCGUUGGACGACGUCUCGGAGCUGGAUCCGGCGCUCGCCGAAGCCGCCUGCGAGAACACCGCCCGCUACGCCCGCGUCUUCGCCGACGCCGUCCACGAGCUCCUACCCCUGCACACCGAGCGCGAGGUCUCCCACAGGGAUGCGCUGGACGUGUACAUCGAGCACCGGCUGCUGCUGGAGCAGCGCGGCCGCGAGGAGGGGCGACUGCGCGAACCCCAGAACCAGUACCCACCUGAGCUGCUGCGGCGAUUCGAGCUGUACUUCCAGCCGCCGUCCACGGCCAAGGCGCGGCUGAUCCGUGAGGUCCGUGCCGACUGCAUCGGGAAGCUCGUCACCGUCCGCGGCAUCGUCACCCGCGUCUCUGAGGUGAAGCCCAUGAUGGUCGUGGCCACCUACAGCUGCGACCAAUGCGGCGCCGAGACCUACCAGCCCAUCCAAGCGCCGACGUUCACGCCGCUGCUGCUGUGCCCGAGCCGCGAGUGCCAGACCAACCGCGCCGGCGGCCGCCUCUACCUGCAGAGCCGUGGCUCCAAGUUCGUGCGCUUCCAGGAGCUCCGGAUGCAGGAGCACAGUGACCAGGUGCCGGCGGGCCACUUGCCGCGCUCGCUGACGGUGGUGGCUCGCGGCGAGAACACGCGGCGAGCGCAGCCCGGGGACCACGUGGGCAUCACCGGCAUCGUCCUCCCCCGUCUGCCCGGAGGCUUCCGCCAGCUCAGCCAGGGGCUGCUGGCCGAGACCUACCUGGAGGCCCACAGCAUCCGCAAGAUGAACAAGAGCGAGGAAGAGGACGGCAGCGAGGAGCUGAGCGAGGAGGAGCUGCGCGAGAUCGCAGAGGACGAUUUCUACGAGAAGCUGGCGGCGUCCAUCGCCCCCGAGAUCUACGGCCACGAGGACGUGAAGAAGGCGCUGCUGCUGCUGCUGGUGGGGGGCGUGGAGAGGAGCCCCCGCGGGAUGAGGAUACGCGGAAACAUCAACAUCUGCCUCAUGGGUGACCCCGGCGUGGCCAAAUCGCAGCUCCUCUCCUACAUCGACCGCCUGGCGCCGCGCAGUCAGUACACGACGGGCCGGGGCUCGUCGGGCGUGGGGCUGACGGCGGCCGUGCUGCGCGACCCGGUGUCGGGGGAGCUGACCCUGGAAGGGGGCGCGUUGGUCUUGGCCGACGGCGGCGUUUGCUGCAUCGACGAGUUCGACAAGAUGCUGGAGGCCGACCGCACGGCCAUCCACGAGGUGAUGGAGCAGCAGAGCGUCUCCAUCGCCAAAGCGGGCGUCCUCGCCACCCUCAACGCCCGUUGCGCCAUCCUGGCCGCCGCCAACCCCGCCUACGGGCGCUACAACCCCAAGCGCAGCCUCGAGCACAAUAUCCAGCUUCCUGCCGCCCUCCUGUCCCGCUUCGACCUCCUUUGGCUCAUCCAGGAUCGCCCCGACCGCGACAAUGACCUGCGGCUGGCCCAGCACAUCACCUUCGUGCACCAGCACAGCCGGCAGCCGCCCCGGCCCCGCCCCCCCCUGCCCAUGCGCCUCAUGAGGCGGUACGUGGCCGCGUGCCGCCGCCGGCACCCGGUGGUACCGGAAUCGUUGGCGGAGUUCCUCACGGCCGCGUACGUGGAGAUGCGCAAAGAGUCCUGGAGCCAACGCGACGCCACCUUCACCUCGGCCCGCAGCCUCCUGGCCGUGCUGCGCCUGGCCACCGCCCUGGCCCGGCUGCGCCUCGGGGAGGUGGUGGCCAAGGAGGACGUGGCCGAAGCGAUGCGGCUGAUGGAAAUGGCGAAGGACUCUCUGCUCGGUGACCGCGGCCACCAAACCCGGCCGCAGCGCCCGUCGGACGCCAUCUUUGCGGCGCUGCGGGAGUUGGCGCAGGACGGCGAUGGCGGCGUUGCGUACGCGCAGGGGCUGCAGCGCUGCCUCGCCCGCGGCUUCACCCCCGCGCAGCUGCUCGACGCGCUGCGAGAGUACCAGGAGCUCAACGUGCUGCAGGUCAACGCCGCGCGGACACGCAUCACCUUCCUCUGAGGGACCCCAAAAACCCCGGGGACCCCAAAAAAACCCAGAGACCCCAAAAACCCCA